GAUGUUCAUGCUGGACAAUAUGGUGAUGAAGAGUAGAGCCUCAUUUUUUGGAAUUGUGGUCCUAGUGGAAGAAUGUGUUAAAAGUCUGCAUUUGCUUGCCUGUGACUGAAACUGUUCUUGCUGCUGUUUAUAAGGCUUUGAAUGAUCAGCAUGUACUUCUUGAAGGCACUCUUCUUAAGCCUAACAUGGUUACUCCUGGUUCAAGUGGCCCCAAGGUCUGGCUUUCAUCCAGAUAACUUGAAACAUUUUAAGAGAAAGAAAAAUGGAAAGAAAAAUAUUGUUGAAGUGAGGUCAACAAAAAAAAUAUACUGCCACAGAUUUGCAGCCAGGCCUAAGAAUCAAAAUAGUCAAUCGACUCAUUCUUAUUCAGGAUCUAGGACUUCAAAGGAAAAAAGAACUAAAGAAAAAAGCGGUGAAGUGAAAUCCACGGGAGCAGCUCAUGCAAUUGAAGAGGAUUUAGUCGAUGAUGCUAUUGUUAGCGAAAAGCAAAGAGAACAAGAACAUCUCGAAAAGGAUACGGAGGAGCAAGAAGAAACCGAACAUCUUGAUGAGAAUAUUGAAGUACAACCGAAUGAAGAGACAAGUUCAGGAAAAGAGCCCAAAGAGAAAAGAACUAGAGGACCUACUACAUUGAGUAAGGUACACUCAAGGAGAAUGGAAGAAAGAAAACCAAUAGUUUUAAAUGUUCAUUUUCAGCCUGUUGGUCCAGAUGAUUCCACGCUCAAUGAGUUUAGUAGCUUUCUCGGUACAAUAGCUCGCAAUUCCGGACUUGCUCCUUUGAACUAUGAGAGCUGGCGUAAAGUACCUUACAAGAAGGAACUAUGGAAGUAUGUUAAGAAAAGGUACAUAGUUCCCGAGGAAGGCAAAAGAUGGGUUUUGAAAACUAUCGGGGAUAACUGGAGAGUUUAUAAAUGCAGAUUAAAGAAGAACCAUUUUUAUAAGUUCAAGACCGAUAAAUCAAGACUUGCAUCUCGUCCAUCCCAAGUACCGGAGACGCAAUUUAAGGCUCUUAUCAACUAUUGGAAUACUGAUUUUGUAAAGCGCAUUAGUGAGAUAAAUGUUGAAAAUCGGAACCAACAGAAGGAUAUGCAUACUGCAGGGCCAAAAAGUUUUGCUAGAAUAAGAAAACAAUUGCAAGAUGAAAAGGAGGAUAAGGCUGAUCCGACUUUGGCGGAAAUGUUCAUUGCCACGCGCAAGAGAAAAGCGGGACGUUCAUACAAGGAAUCAAGGGAAGAUACAACUAGCAAAAUUUCCAAAUUGCAGGAGCUCCUAAACAGUGGAAAUGAUUCUUUUUCCACUGUUAUAGGUGAGAGGCCUCCCGGUCGUGCAUUUCUGUAUGGAAGAGGGGUUACAAGAACCAAUUUGAAGAACGGAGUAGGAUGCAGUUCUUCAAUAAUUGUACCCGAAGAGCUUGUGCAAUCUAUCACGGACAAGAUAAGGAAAGAACUGAAAGAUCAAUUUGACAAGGAGAUGGCUGGGUAUAAGGCGUUACUUGAAAGUGUUAUGUCUCAAGUGAACCCGACAGUAGAUGAACCAAGUGAAAAUUCUGAUUCUGAAAGCGCUCAAUUUUGAUUGAGAGCUCCUCUAGUUAAGUACCAGUUAUGUUUUGUAGUAUAAUCGUUAUGUUUGAUGAAUACAUUUUCUUUUUGUGAUGUAAUAGAUGGAAUUUGAAUUCUAUGAAUAUUUCCGUCUUCUAAUUUUAGUAAAUAUUUUAUGUUUGUCCUUUUUA